AUGAACAAACGUUCUUCGGGUUCCGACCGCCCACGAUCAGCAAGGCUUCGCAGAAGACCUUCAAUCCCUCAAGACGAACACGAAUCUAUCGCACAAUGCUUUGAGGGCGAACAAUCUGAAUUAACAAAUAAGAAGAACACAAAAUCAAAACCAGAACUAAAUUUACUGGAAACUUCAAAUCGACUGUGCAUAACAAACCGAAUAUUGGGAAGAGAAAAUGAGAAAGUGAAUCAUGCACUGACAGUGCCAAGUUCCAUGGAAUUAAGGCCUGAAGCAAAAAAUGCGAACUUUGUGAAUUACUAUCAACGAGGCGAAAGGGAACCGCCAAAAAGUCCACGAAUUUUACCAAAGUUGGAGAAAAACAGCGCUAGAAAGGCGAUACCGGAAGAACGUCCGCCGCCUGGCAAAAUCGAGGCCCCAGAUUUUUCGAUGUUCAUAGACAAGAAAAAGAGAGUUGAUAGAGGGAGUUUGCAGUUAGGGAAACAAUAUUCAGUCUUGCCUAAUAUUUCACAUACUAAUGAAGAAGGUGGCGACGUUUCACC